AUUUGGCUGUGUCCGACUGCAGCUUUCAUGUUCAUUCCUCUCCAUGCAGCUCACCCCUUCAAUACAAAAGCAGACCAUUCUAAAAAGCCUUGCCUGGAGGAUCUCUACAUUUGCUCUUACACGCUGACACUUUUGGCUUUGGUGAGAUUGAGACAGUCGAUGAAGAAACAUAUCUCUCCAUCCUUCGUGGCAGUCAGACAAGGUCAACCAGGUGCAGGGAAGGGCAAGGCAUUGCUGGCCAUCGACAGCGAGUUCGAGCUUGUCCAUAAGCUCAUUCCAGUGACAGCCAACUGCACCACUAUCUCUGGCGACGCAGCCACACAAGCAGGUGCACUUGAAGCUUUGCAACAAAACAACUGGAUGCACCUCACUUGUCAUGACAAGCAGGACACCGAACAGCCUUACCAUUCACAUUUCAUCAUGAGAGAUGAGGAUCUGAUGCUGCUUGAUAUUAUGGAGAAAGACAUUCUGCACACUGAGUUUGCGUUCUUAUCAGCAUGUCAUACUGCCGUUGGCGAUGAGGAGACACCCAAUGAAGUGAUUCACCUCGCAGCCGGUCUCCAAUUUUCAGGGUUCAAGAGCGCAAUUGGCACGAUGUGGCAGGUCAACAACGCUGUUGCAAAACACAUCGUCAAAGCCUUCUACAUGAGUAUGUUUGAACAUGUGAAGGAUGGUGGUGAGAUGGACUGUAUGAAGGCAGCCUGGGCACUGAACCAUGCUAUGCAUGCCAUGAAGAAGACAGUGCUACUCAAGCAGAGGAUGGUUUUCAUUCAUAUUGGUGUGUAG